AUGCAGCAGCCGACAUGCACCAAUGUUCGUAUUCGCUCAACAGCCGAUGCUCAUAAGAUAUUUGCUGCUGUUCAACAAGGAAUCCUCCAUAUGGUCACCAGACGCUUGGAUGCAGAUGAACGAAUUGCACUGCGGUCUGGAUGCGUUUAUGCUUGGGAGGAACGCGGACCACAUAGUGAACUCACUGGACUAGGCAUCGAGCGGUUCACUGAAGGUCGGAGGUGGUCUCCUUCUCGUGUGCGAGAUGAGUUCCUCUUCUACUAUGAGAAGUACUCUCCUCCUGCGGAAGCUAAUCAAAUAGGUAACGCCUCGGACCGUAUGCCUCCUCGCGAUUGGGACCCUUUAGUAAAGCAGACAUACUCUGUAUGGGUGGAGACAGAGAAGGGAAAAAGGAAAUGGCACCUUACUGCCUAUUUCACGCAAGCGACCAUAGAUCAACUAGGCACUAUCGAUGAGAACCCUCUAGUUCGGGAUCUCCCCGUUCCUGAUGGCAUGUUUAAGAGUACCAGGGUUGGAAAGAGUCGAAACAAAACCGACGAUGGUAGCCGUACGGAUGCUGCUAGGGCAGCGACAACCAUUCCACGAACAUACGCACCUUUCCCAACGCCUUACCAGUAUCAAGCACAGAAUGGUUCUCCGAGUAUGACUCCAGUUCUGAUGCAUGAACCAUACCGAACUACUCGUGUCGAGGAACCGUCUCCUGUGCUUGAACCAUCACCGUCUCCGGAUUCAUUCCAGGACCAGGGGAAUUAUGGGUUACACCAGAGGUCAUACUCUUCGCUUAAUAACCCUCCUGCCUCUACGUCUACUCCUCCAUCUUAUGCAAAUCGAGUUUAUUCCCCAGUUCCCUUAGCCGUAUCUCAACCAAUUGAUCCGCAUAGUCACCUACCGAUCUAUCCAGCUCCCGGUGUUCGUGUUGUAGAUCGGCAAUCGCGUACUAUGCCAGUGAGCUCACCUUCAUGGGACGAGGGGAAUACUUCAUACUACCCGAGAUCUAGAUACCCGGAUGACCAAAGACAUGAAAUAGCCUCCCAGUAUCCUAUGUCUUCACCAGCGUCGUACAUGACUUCAGUUGAUUACCAAUCCAAUUUGGUUACCUCUCCUCAGACAUACAUGCCUCCGGGAACAUCACUGCCUCAGUUAUCUACAAGCCUAGGGAACAACAUGUAUUCGCCCUCAAUGUCCAGCUCAUUGCAUUCAGCUCUUAUUCUGCCGACCCAAAAUAACGAUGCCAAUGAGUCGUAUACUUUAUCACCCCUUCAGAUACCUGGCAGGCUACAUGCUAAUGUUUAUUCUCCCUCACGAUCUUUGGAAAUGCAAGUUCACAGCGAGGAUACACCGUCAGAGGACAUCGACCAUGAAGGGUCGCUGGCUCCUUUGGAUGUGCUUAGGAGGCCAAGCAGAUUCCGCAGAGACCCAAUGGACGAAAAGACAUUGAGGUUACUUCGUGAAAAACGAUCGAGUUCUUGA